GUCAAAUGCAUAACAUCACGGUGAGCUCAAAAUAGACAACAAUGCUGUUAAGAAGAGCGUACCGUCCUUUGGGGCGUUCCUUUUCAAGAACUGGCUUCAUGCGCCAUUCGACGGUACCCUCACAGGAACCGGCCGAUUCGGAGACAAUCUCGAGUGCCAUCAAUAACCUGUCCAAGCCCAUACAUGUGCAGCUGCCGAAGAAAAAUCCCUUCAUGAAGUCCAUGUUUCUUGGUACGGUCGAUACGGAACUGUUAUCCUUUCCCGAAUCACUCAACAGAGAAGAGCAGGCGCGAGUUACGAAACAAAAGGAAGACCUGGAGCGAGUUAUGGGAUCCGAUAGUAAACAAUCCACCAUCGGUACGGAGCUUUACGGUCUGCAGGGACCGCUAGAGUACGGUGGCAAUCAAUUCAUCGAGACGGAGCUAGCGUUUGUAAAUGAACGGCUCGCCGAUGAUCGUUCCAAAUCGCUGGUUGCACUCGAACAUAAUGCAAUCGUGAAGCUGAUCGCACAGUAUGGCACCGAUGCAGCGAAAGACCUUUACCUAUCGAAGCUGUGCAGCGGUGAAAUGAUUGCAGCCAGUGCAUUGUACGAGAUGGACAGUUCCCGGCAGACGAUGUUCAGUACGGUCGCCACGCUAGACUUUACCAGUGGCAGCUGGACACUGAACGGGUCGAAGGUGUUCCUGCGCAAUGACGAAACCAUUCCCGGACUGUUGCUCGUGAUCGCAUCCACCAAAAGCAUGCAAAAGCUCAGUAAAGAAGACGGUACGUUUGCAGCUUUUCUGGUUGACACGAACACUCCCGGUGUUCGAAUAUCACAGAACGAUCUUGGCAAUGGAGGUCUUGCACGAGUAACAGUACAGCUGAACCGUAUAGAGAUACCCGAGACACAUCUGGUCGGGAAGGAAUCCGACGGUGUUACGAUACUGUCCAAAUAUCUGUCAGCGGUCCGCGUACAAUCCAGUGUGGUGCGUGUGGCACUGCUGAAGAAGGUGCUGAAUUCGCUAACCGAUUUUUGCAUCCAUUCGAAAACAUCUAGCAGUGACUUGAUGGAUAUUGAAAUCGUACGGGAGCAGUUGGCACGCAUGGCAAGCAUAAUUUAUGCUUCCGAAAGCUUAAUCUACAUGACCGCCAGCUUGAUGGAUGAUUUCGAAAAUCAGGACGUAGAGAUGGAGGCGGCUAUAACAAAGGUCUUUACGACGAGCAGUUUGCUCAACCUGGCGAUGCUUCCGUUGCAGCUGCUGGGUCCGCAGGGGCUAAGCAAAGAGUGCUCUUUCGAGGAUCUGUUCAACGAUGCGUUAAAGAUGUUCAUUGGCGAUGAAUCAGUCGACUCGGUCAAUUUGUUCAUUGCCUUGACCGGGCUACAGUACGCUGGUAUACACACGUAUGAAACGAUUAAAAAGGAUCGUAACCCUGCCAUGAACCCAUCGUACGUGAUUUCUAAACUAUUCGAGAAAACUUCGAUAGAAAAUCCAAAGAAGUUUGCCAACCUGCAGCAAUACUUUCAUCCCUCACUCGAACCGGCCGCACACUGGAUAGAGCAGUCGAUCGUGCGACUGAAGCUCGCCACCGAGUGCGUUCUGUCUCGGCACGGUGCACAAGUGGUCGAACGGCACGUUGAGCUGUCCCGGCUGGCAAACGUCGCAACGCUGCUUUAUGCAAUGAUCGCCAGUGCAUCCCGUGCCUCCCGUUCGUACUGCAUCGGAUUGCGCCAUGCGGCCCAAGAUGUACACCUAGCGAACAUGUUUUGCCGCGAGCAUAGUGAAAAGAUUAGGCUGCUGGCGCUAGAACUUGAAAAGGGACCGUACAUUACGAGCGAUGACGAUUAUAAUGUAAUAGCGCGCAAUUUGUUCCGGGAAAAGCGCUACUAUUUCGAGCAUCCAAUUACGAAGAACUUUUAAAGUACGCUUUUAGCAUACCGAAAGGGAAUUAUAAAUUCUGAUAAUAAUUAGCAAACGGUAAACGUACGUAGAAUGUAGUUGGUGUUUAUUAGUAAUAUGGUAUCACUUUUUUCUUAGUAAUGUUUAUAACCUUUUAUUCGUUUUCUUUUUUUGGUUUUGAAUAACGUUAAUAGAAAGUUACCCAGUUUUCAAAUCUUCGUUAGUGAGCAUUAAACAUGAUGCUUAUUUUCGGUAAUCGCAUAUAAUUUCGAAAUAUCUGCAAGGAUUUUACACGUUGAAUCGCAUCCGGUAAGGACCACCUCCAUGUUUCAGGAUAUCCAACUCCCCCAGUACAGCAUGUAAUGUAAACGGAUGCGAAUGCAUUCGUUCACUCUCAUCAAACAGCAAGCAUAACAUCGAUACAGAACACAGCAAAGUACGUCAAGCGGAAUCGCUGACCGUGGCUUUCUCUCUCGCUCUCUUGGUGGGAAAGGAUUUUACAAUAUAAUAUCGCUAACAGAAACAGCGCAGGCGCGUACUCCAAAAAAAGGACGAAGUGUGUAUGUUUUCCUUGCGCUCCCUAGUACAAGUGUUUGUCAUGUCAUGUAUUGGGGAACAGCCUACUAUUUCGGGUUUGCAGUAAUAGUGAUUUUGAAAACGAAAAUAAGGUGGUAAAUCCCUGCAUCGAUCAACGAAACCGUUCAGCUAUGUGCGAUAAUUCAUUGCCAAGCGUCGUUCAAGCGAGUAGUUGUUCUUCCUAAACAGGAAGGCGCGGGCGCGAGAGAGUCCCCAGCAAGGUGUGUGCAGUUUCGGGUGAUUUCAGCAGCAUAUCGUCAUCCGGAAGGGGUUUGUUGCUGACACGUCGAGCUAAAAAAGAAAGGGAAUCCUAGCAUCGAUGUAGAGCUGCUUGUCUGAGGAUUUCUGGAGGUAUAUUCCCGACGACCGAGGCUCCCUUGUGUCGCCAGUGUACAUUCGAACCAAGCGCAGCAAUUGGAGGUAUU